AUGUCUGAGUACAAAACUUCCGGUGGUAACGCCGCCUUCCACAACUAUAUCAAUGACUUCGCUCAUGUCACUGACCCUCUCGAGAGAAGAAGACUGGCUCUUGAAAAGAUCGACAACGCAAGUUUCGGAUGGUACCACGUCAGAGCUGUCAUGGUGGCCGGUGUUGGUUUCUUAACCGACGCUUACGAUAUCUUUGCCAUCAACUUGGCUAUCUCUAUGCUGGCUUACGUCUACUGGGGUAACGACAUGCCUACUUCCACCAACACUUUGUUGAAAGUGUCCACCUCUGUUGGAACUGUUAUUGGACAAUUUGGUUUCGGUUUACUCGCAGAUCUUUUCGGAAGAAAGAAGAUUUACGGUACUGAGUUGAUCAUCAUGAUCUCUGCCACCGUGCUUCAAUGUACCCUUGGUGAAUCCAAGGCCAUCUCUUUCCCAGCUAUCCUUACUUUCUACAGAAUUAUCCAAGGUAUCGGAAUCGGUGGUGACUACCCAUUGAGUUCCAUUAUUACCUCCGAAUUCGCCACCACCAAAUGGAGAGGUGCCAUCAUGGGUGCUGUGUUUGCCAACCAAGGUUGGGGUCAACUUCUUGCCGGUAUUGUCGCCAUUAUUUGUGUUGCCGGCUACAAAGAUGUUUUGAUUGUCGCAAACACCUCUGCUGAGUGUACCGGUGACUGUAUCAGAGCUUGUGACCAAAUGUGGAGAAUCGUCGUUGGUUUCGGAUGUGUCCCAGGUUUGAUUGCUCUUUACUUCAGAUUGACCAUCCCAGAAUCCCCAAGAUACACCUUUGACGUUUCCAGAGAGAUUGAAAAGGCUACAGCUGACACUGCUAAGUUCACCUCCGGUAUGCACGGUGACGCUGAAGCCGGUCAAAUCGAGGUCCUGAAGGAGACGGAGCAAGCACUUUCCGAGAACGAGGUUGCUGGUCCGCCAAAGGCUUCUGCUAGAGACUUCUUCGUCCACUUCGGUAAGUGGAGACACAUGAAGAUUUUGAUUGGUACUGCAGGCUCCUGGUUCAUGUUGGAUGUUGCCUACUACGGUCUCGGUCUUAACACUGCAUCUAUUCUUACCACCAUCGGAUUCGCAUCUUCCAAGAACGUUUACCAUUCCCUUUACAACCAAGCUGCUGGUAACUUGAUUUUGAUUUGCGCUGGUUCCAUUCCAGGUUACUGGUUCACUGUUGCUACCGUGGACACUGUUGGAAGAAAGCCAAUUCAAAUCGGUGGUUUCCUCAUUUUGACCGCUAUCUUCUGUAUUAUUGGAUUCGCAUACCACAAGCUUCACGACCACGGAUUGCUUGCACUAUACAUUCUCGCCCAAUUCUUCCAAAAUUUCGGUCCAAAUACCACCACUUUCAUUGUUCCUGGUGAAUGUUACCCAACCAGAUACAGAUCUACUGCCCACGGUAUCUCGGCUGCUGCCGGUAAAGUUGGUGCUAUUGUUGCUCAAACCUGUAUCGGUACUUUGCAGGACCACAACUGUGCCAGAGACGGAAAGAAGAAGAACUGUUGGUUGCCACACGUGAUGGAGAUCUUUGCUCUCUUCAUGUUGGUCGGUUUCUUCACUUCUCUGCUUAUUCCAGAAACCAAGAGAAAGACUCUUGAAGAGCUUUCUGAGGAGCUCCACGGUGAGGUGGAUGUCUCCAAGCAGCACUUGAGAGUGAACUCUUCGGACGAGGACGGUGAGAAAAUCGUGUAA